AUGGCCACUCUCACCAUGACUCCCUCCCGCCAACCCUUUGCGAGUCUGGACACACCGAGGAUGAACGCCUUGAUGCGUUCCAAGCUGAACCGCCAGAACCAGCAAAAUGGAGCCGUCUUGUCUGCAAAACAAUCCGUCUUCACCAACGAUUCCGAAAACAUCGAUCUUAGCAGACUGAAUUCAUCUGUAAAGCGCAAGCGCACCUUGGACGAUGACGACGAUAUCUCCAAGGGCUCACCCAAGCCCCUCAAGACCUCCCGCAUGGCCCUCACCAACCGGGACAAUGUCUCAUCUCGACUCUCGACACCGCUAAAACUUGUUCCCACCACUCCUCGAUCCGCUCCUGUUCUCAAGCCCGCUGGCCGGACCCCGCCACCCAAGUCAUGCAAGACAUUCAGUCGCCGGUCGACCAUCGCCAAGGCCCGUCCGGAGCCUAGCAAGCGCGGUGUCACUCGCCCUUUCUCUCUCGCUGCUGCCCUUUCCCAAAACAAGCCCGCUGCUCCCAAGGCCAAGGGCCCGUCGUCUUGGUUAUUCGAUAUUCAUGUCGACUCUGAGCAAGAGGAGAUGACCAACCUCAUGCAGCACUCGACCGGCGUCCUCGAUAUCAGCGACGACGAGGGCAAGGCCUCCGUCAUCGAGGGCCGCGGGAAGGAAAACGUCCCGCCUGCUGAGCUGGGCAUUGACCUUCCUCGCUCCCAUCAGGCUGUUGCCCUGGCCGCUGCUGCUGCCGCCCGCAAGGCCUCCAAGAUGGAGGAGGACCGCGCGCCACUUGGAGAGCUCACUGCCUCCGACUAUUACCCCGAAGACUGCAAUGCCUUUUCUUAUACAGUUGUCCACGAUGAGGAGAAUGACAACAUUCCCUCGUCUAAGAAGGCUUCCGUAUCUACCCAGGCUACUCUUCUCCCUCCGUCCAUCACUACCUCUAUUGCCUCCUUGCUGGAGACUGCCACCCCUCCCAAGCCAGCUGCCGAUUCUACCGAGACCACCGAAUCUGCUGACUUGAAGAUCGAGAUUUGGGAAAGCGAGAGUGCUGCUGAAGAAGCUCAAGCUGCGGAGGAGUAG